AUUAAACUAAAACCAGCCAUAUGCAUAUUAUUCUCGUGUAUCAAGAAGGAAGAUUGUUGGAAACGAAGUAUUUAGGAGCCAACGCGCGAUCAGGAACACCAACACCUCAAGAUGCAUGCCCUCACGAUCGAAUCCGUUGACGAAUAUGAGGGACUGUGGGCGGGUUUGCUGAAAUGGAGGGACUCUGCGGUGACGAGUGAUGCAGAC